AUGAAUCAAGAUCGGGUCGAAUUUAACACGACGAAGUCCGAUGGUUACGACAACAUUCCUGUCCUACAGUUUUUACCACCAACCGACGAACCAUCAUCAUUUGCACUGGCAAUUUCUGUAACUCUAGUCGGUUGCCUCAUAGUCGCGAUUUGUGGUAAUGUUAGCCAAAUGGUAUUGCAGUUGAAACUCAUACAUAAGGAUAAAAUCGACGGUGAACACUACAUUAUGCUCAUACAUACCUACCAAUGUCUGCUGUCACCGGGCUCGAAUCUGGCAACGCAAGUGAUGCGAUUCGGAUUUGAAUUCGUCGCACCGCUGUCGAUAUCCAUCUAUCUUCAUGGACAGCUGCGAUCAAACAAUGAGCCGAAGUAUCGAAUCGCCAUUAUGAGAAACCUUAGCACUGGGAUGGAAGUACUGGACAAACAAGCUGACUUAAAGCAACUUCUAGCGUUCCUCUCGCCGACACUCCUCUGGCAUCCUCUUGGCCAACUGUCGGGAGUGCUCUCGCGAUGUUUCGGACAAAAUCGAAGAAGGUCCACGACAUUUUCGAAUAGUCGUAAGACCGACAGUGGAAUCUGA